AUGGAGACUCGUAACCCUAGUAACUGGUCGAAUUUGCCCCUCGAUAUCAUCAUAUCUCUGUUUGAACUUUUGAGUUUUGUGGAUUUCCAUCGAGCUAAGAUGGUUUGUUCCAACUGGUAUUCUGUUUCGAAACAAACAGUUCCCCGGAAAAUCGGAUCUCUAUGGCUAAUGCUUUUUCCUGACGACGGUACUGAUUGCGUGCUGUACAACCCAUACGAAGAAGUUAUGGUUUACAGGAGAGCAGCUGGGAGAAACUCUACUUCAGGGAGUCGAUUCCUGGCAUGCUGCGGUAAAUGGUUCCUGAUGCUAGAUUCUCGAUCCAGAUUAUAUAUUAUAGAUGUGUUUAGUACUGGGAAUAGGAUUGAUCUUCCUCCGUUAGAGUCGCUCCUAUCAACCGACUCUGCUCUGAAGCGUAUGGAAGAUAGAGAUAGGGAGUUUGAAUGGGAAUUAACUAGUAGCUCUGUUUACUUAUUAUAA